AUGCCCAUAUACCGUUCAAUCUUUAAUCAAAAUGAAGAAUUAAAAAACGAAUUAAAAGAAUUAAAAAUGAAAAUACAAGAGGCUCAAUAUGUUCUUAUUGCAAAAGCUCAAAGGGACUUGUUACAUGCAAUUAAGCAACAACUACCAAUAAUGCAAGUUGAAACCUUGAGGCAAACAAGUUCAUUUUUCUGCUCACCACAGAGCUCAAAGGGACUUGUUGCAUACAAUCAAGCAACAACUCCCAUUAAUGCAAAAUGA